UCUCGCGAUUGUUUACAAGUUGUCAAAUUCGAAACGUUUUGAUUGGUUCUUGAAACACAAUGACACUUAUCUAAUUGGUUGAACACAAACAAUAGGAAAGGAAUGUUGUGCUCGGGUCAAUCCAGGCCAAUCUCGCAGAAAAGGGCAAAAAGGCCAUGGGCAACAGUGGCGUUUUUCCCCCUAAGAAUUGACGGAUUGACACCUGACUCCAGAUCAGAAGGUUGUUGGUUCAAAUUAUCCAAAACAAGAAAGAAAGGGGAAAAAUGCUUCAAGGUACACUGCGAGUAGAGAUUAUUUUCAUGAGUUCUUAGGAGUGUAUUUAAUAUGAAGGAGCAGCAGGGAGCAUAUAAGGAGCAGUAAAGAGCAGGUUGAGAGUAGUUCAGGGAGGACAUAAAUUGCGGCGAACUUUGAAAGGAAACUCAUUUGGUAUUAGAUCCAGUAGCAAGACAUUCUCCAAAGGUUCAAUCUAAGACGUCACUUGGACAAUCAUAUUUGCAAAAUGAACGAUAUAGAGGAAAAUGAAUCAACAUAUGAUGAAGAGACGUCAAGCGAAGAAGUUGAAGAAGACAGUGAAGUAGACACGAGUGAAUCAGAGUCAUAUGAUGGUCCUGAUGAUGACGAUGAUGAGCCUGAAGAAAACUGCUGGUCAGUGUUGAUAAAAGAAACUAUGGACCGACACGAGAUUGAAUUAAAAUCUCUGGAAAACCAGUACAUGGAAAAAGGCGAAACGAAAGCAUCGGCUGAAGUGCUUGCGUACAAUAAAAUGAUCCCUGCAUUUCAAAACGAGCUGAGAAACGUACUGUUGGAAAAAUUGGUAUGGAUCCGCGCGUUAAGAAGGGAUCCUUAUUAUUGUAAAAUAAUGAGAACCCGACGAGAUUUACUGGACACUGGUGAUUACGACUGGAUGGAAGCAACCCAGGUUGCUAUUGAUCAACGUAAAUUUCUCUUGAACAAUUUAUUCACUACGAAGCAGAAAACAUGGAAUAAUAAUUUGUAACAAGGAAUAUAAUAAUAGUUUGUUAUUACGGAUAAGACCCUAUUUGACAGGUAAAAAUGAUGGUGCCUGUCAACACUGCAAUGUUAGAGCUCGAAAUCAUAUCAAACAUGUACAUUAAUUAUGACACCAACUUCAUUUGUAAGAAACAAAAUAUUUUAUUUCACUUUUCAAUAAAUGCUACAGCAAA